AUGAGAUUGCGAGAAUUUUUCUAUACAGAGGAUGUUAAAGAUGACAGUAAUAGAAAAAGUGAGGAUGACCCAAGAGAGCGCUUCAAACUACGCAAAAAGAGCUACUUUACACCAAACAAAGGUAGGGAUAUGUGGUUAGACCUGUACAUAGAAUUGAUCAAGAAUGACAUAGUUAAUAGUUUGAAGAGAUCAGGAAAACUGAACAUCUCACAUGAUGAACAAUCUGCAUUCCAGUCAUUACUUCAUAAUGAUGAUAUUAUCAUCCGCCCAGCUGACAAAAGAUCUGGUAUUGUUAUAAUUGACAAGGCGGAAUACAUAAACAAACUCUAUGCAGAAAUGAAAUCUAAUGAAUCUUACAUGGAAACCGAAGAAGACCUCACUAUGAACUCUCUUAAAAUAGUUAAGCAGCUAGUGAACAAAAUGUAUAGGGAAGGAGCUAUAUCAAAAGAAAUGCAGGCAUACCUUAUUCCACGAUAUCCAAGGUCAGGAAAAUUAAAUGGCAACCCAAAACUACACAAACCUGGUGCACCAUUAAGAACCAUCGUCAAUGGAAUAAACACACCAACUGAAAAAUUAGCAGAGGUAGCUGAAUAUGAAUUGAAUGAAUAUGUCACGCAGUCACCAAGUUACUUACGGGACACAACAGAUUUUAUAGACAAGAUUUCACAGAUUAAACAGCCCAUUCCAAGUGACACCAUUCUCUUUUGUUUUGAUGUUUGCAAACUAUAUCCAUCAGUACCAAGAGUUGAGGGCCUGCAGGCAUGUGAAGAGGGGUUGACAAAGAGGUCUAAGCCAAUAAUCCCAACUAGAUAUGGCCUACGAAUGAUAGAAACUGUACUGGACAACAACAAUUUUAAUUUAGGCCAAAAACACUAUGUACAAACUGACGGAGUAGCAAUAGGUUCGCGACUAGGAAAGAAUUUUGCAUGCAGCUACAUGCAGAAGUGGGAUGAACAACUGAUGAAUUUUGAGGUGCAGCCAUGGUUCUACAAAAGAUUUAUUGAUGAUGGAUUUGGACUAUGGACAGGUGGCAUUGAAAAGCUGAAGCAAUUUAGUGAAUUUGCAAAUAAUAUUCACCAGAACAUAAAAGUUGAACUGAGAUGGAGUCAUCAAAAAUUGGAAUUUUUAGACACGCUGGUUAGGUUAGAGAAUGGUAAUAUCUAUACUGAAUUGUACAGAAAACCAUCAGACAAACAGCUCUAUAUACAGAAAACUUCAUGUCAUCCGGCACAUACCAAGAAGGCAUUGGCCUAUGGCCUAGGUAUAAGAAUUAAAAGAAUUUGUGAAAAAGUACCUGACUAUAUCAAACACAGAGAAGAACUGAAACAACAGCUAAGAAAAAGAGGAUAUAGUGGUAGAGAAAUUGAACAACAGCUGCAACGGGUCGAUAAAUUAGACAGGCAGGAAUUAUUAAAAACAAAAAAGAAGACUGAACCAGAAGAAAAGAGGGUCCCAUUAGUGCUGACCUAUUCCAAAAUGUUACCAGAUAUACGAAACAUCCUGCGAAAACAUCAAAAAGUACUCUAUAAUUCAGAACGUAUGAGAACUGUCUUCCAGGAACCACCAUUAUUAGCCUUCAGAAGAGAUAAAAACAUUCGUGAUGUGUUGGUACAUGGCAAAACUAAUAGAGCUUUUAGAUCUUCUCCUGAUAUAUGUUCCUGCCACAUUUGCCUACUGAUAUUUAAAGGGGAGGUAGCUGACACCACAAAGAGACACACAUACCAGACAGUAACACAUACCAGUUGUAGUGAUACCAAUUUAGUGUAUGGAUUACUAUGCAAACCAUGCAAUAAAACAAUAUAUGUUGGGGAAACUGAGAGGAGUCUGAAAGAAAGAAUAAGUGAACAUUUGCGUGAUAUCAGACAGCAGGUUGACAAGCCUAUUAAUCGUCAUUUUAUAGGUCAUACUGAAAGGGACUUGCAGGUGGUAGUACUGCAAAAGUUAUACCAUGAAGGCCGCCUUUACAGACAGAUAUUAGAGGAGAAAUGGAUGAAGAAGCUUGCAACGAAAUUUCCACAUGGUUGCAAUGUUAAAUAUAACACAUAA